GCCAUGUUACCCAGCUGCUCCAUCCAUCCCAUCCGCAGACCACGUGACCCAGUUCUCCCGUGUCCUUCAGUAGCUCAUUCAGCAUGAUGGCUGCGGAUGCUGCGGAUGCUCUCUGCUGCAUCCUGCAUCCGCACCGGCUCUCUCUCCUCUUUCUCACCGUCACCAUCUCCUCCCUGCCGGCCCAGACAGCAGCGCUGCUCGGCGUCCGGCCUGAAGACACCCAGAGCGGAGAGCUGUCCGUGCAGGAUGGGAUACUGAGGGCUACCGAGGGGACCCGCUUCUUGCUGAGGGUUUACUACUCCGCUUCUCCAGCUACCGAACAUCCCAACAGCCUGAACAUCAGCGACAGACCUGACGGCGCACCUGCCGCCCCGUGGAUCGCGUUCAUAGAGGAACCAGGUGGGGACAGUGGAGAUGCAGAAAGUCGGCUCCAGUCCAGCGGGAAUCCAUGCGAAGAGGAGAAUGCCCGAAGCUCUGACAUCGAGCUGCUGGGUUCCUUCAGGUCCACCUCAAGUCAUAACUCAGUCUUGGUUGAGCUGCUCGCCAAAGACCUGCGCAGAGACGAGGUGAUCAAAUACUACUCCAUGUGCGCGUUUGAUGGAGUGCAAUGGGAGCACUUGAGCACCAAAGACUUCUGGCUGGCCGUGGUAGAGAGACCUCCCGAGGCAGAUGCUUGGCUGCAGGCGGGAGUCUCUGUGCUCUUGUUGGGGCUGUCUGCUCUGUGCAGCGGUCUGAACAUUAGCAUGCUGUCUCUGGACCCAGUUGAGCUGCGAGUCCUGCAGAAUAGUGGCACAGAGAAAGAACAGAAAUACGCGCGAAAAAUAGAGUCAGUGCGUAAACAUGGAAACUACAUCCUUUGCACUGUGGUGCUAGGCAACGUGCUUACAAACACAUGUUUUGUGGUGUGGAUGUGCCAGAUUUUAGGAAUGACUGCUCUCUCAACCGCCUCGUGCACUUUGGGGAUAUUCUUUAUUGGCGAGAUUUUACCUCACUCAGUGGCAUCCAGGCACAGUCUCGCCAUCGCAUCCAAGACCCUGUGCGCGACCCGCCUGUUGAUGCUAAUAUUUUUCCCCAUCGCCUACCCAGUCUCCAAGAUUCUGGACAUUAUGCUGCACCAAGAAAUCAGCAACUUUUACACCAGGGAGAAACUAGUGGCCAUGCUGCGUAUCACAGACCCCUACCAUGACCUCGUCAAAGAGGAGCUCAAUAUUAUCCAGGGUGCCCUGGAGCUCAGGACCAAGACUGUAGAGGAUGUGCUGACCCCGCUGUCAGACUGUUACAUGCUGUCCUCGGAUGCUGUACUGGACUUCUGCACCAUGUCAGAUGUGAUGCAGAGCGGUUUCACACGCAUCCCUGUUUAUGAGAACGAAAGGUCCAACAUCGUAGACAUCCUUUUUGUCAAAGAUUUAGCCUUUGUGGAUCCUGACGAUUGCACUCCUUUGAAAACAAUUACUCAGUUUUACAAGCAUCCCAUGCACUGCGUCUUCAGUGACACCAAGCUGGACGUGAUGCUGGAGGAAUUUAAGAGAGGAAAGUCCCACCUGGCUGUGGUGCAGAGGGUGAACAGUGAAGGUGAAGGAGACCCCUUCUACGAAGUGAUGGGCAUCGUCACUCUUGAAGACGUUAUAGAGGAGAUCAUCAAGUCUGAGAUUGUGGAUGAGACAGAUCUGUACACUGAUAAUCGGACAAAAAGACGAGUGUCCAACCAUGAAAGGAAACAGCAGGACUUCUCUAUCUUCAAAGUGGCAGAAAAUGAGCUGAAGGUGAAGAUCUCACCCCAGUUGUUGCUCGCAACACACCGCUUCUUGGCUACAGAGGUGGAGCCCUUCAGGCCGUGUCACCUGUCAGAAAAGAUCCUGCUGCGGCUCAUCAAACAUCCCAGCAUUGUGCAAGAGCUCAAGUUCGACCCUAAGAACAAACACGCUCCUCAACACUACCUCUUCCAGAGAAACAAGCCUGUUGACUACUUCAUCUUGAUUCUGCAGGGACGGGUGGAAGUGGAGAUAGGAAAGGAGGCUCUUCGGUUUGAAAAUGGAGCCUUUUCCUACUACGGCAUGCCAGCUCUCAUCCCACCACUGCCUAUUGGUCAUAGGUAUAGCUCCCGGGCCAGCAGUCUGAACCAGUCGGAUUCAUUACUGAGUGGAGGCAGUGUGGGUCAGCUCACUGCAGGUGGAGGGGUGUAUUUACCCGACUACUCAGUCCGGCAGCUCACAGACCUGCAGAUCAUCAAGAUCACCAGAAACCACUACCAGAAUGCCCUAACGGCCACCAGAAUGGACAGUACCCCUCAGACACCAGAUGCAAUGGACCCUGACAGUAAAGGGAGGCCCCCAGUUACAGAGGCCCGCUCACACAGCAUCGCCCUUCCCCUCACGCACACACACACUCGACUGGGACUGGCACGCCUUGCACAUCUCCAUCCCCACGGUGGCCUUCGCAGCACCUCCCAACUCAAUGAAAGAAACCGUAUCGUCCGCAGCAAAUCUGAUGGGCAGAGAAGUCCAAAUGAUACCGUGUUCCUUCGCAUGGAUGAGAUUCCCUACAUCCAUGAGGACCGGCCAGAAAUUCAUGGAGAGGAUGAUGUGCCUACAGAGUCUCAACCAUCCACCUCUCCCUUCAUUAGCUCUUUGUCUCUGUCCAGCUCUGAAGAGAACAUUGGAAAAAAGCUAUUGCGUAAAUUGAGUAACAAGAGGAGGAAAAAGUCUCGGGAUGGAGAAAAGAGCUUGGAGGAAGGAUCAGAGCAGCAGCCAAUGACGAGCUAGCACAGUGACACGUAGGAAGAGGGAUGAAGCACACACCCUCUUCCUCUUUAUCAUUCACAAGAUACACUCAUUAACUACAACCAAUUCAUACACCCCCUUCAACUCUCAGGAGACUGAGCCAUCUUAUCUGCUGUAGCCAUCAAUAAUACUCAGGUCCCACCCUGGCCCACUUCUUCUUCACUGCAUACUCUGAUUGUUUAAAAUGUGACUGGACAAAUCUAAAUGGUAGUAUUUGAUUUAUCCAGCCUUACACCAGUACAUGUUUUGUAGUUACUGGUGCAACCUUCUUUAUGUUACCUUUAUUUGGUAGCUGUAGCCAUAAGGUUAAAAUUUAUUCAUAACAUUUAAGCUGUAAUUUGAUUCUGAAAUCUGUCACUAUAAACCCAACAAAGGUCCUUAGAUAGCAUCGGAGCCAGCUUUGGCCUUUUACUUGAUCAACUAAUAAAUACACUGAUAUUUAUUAUUAACAAGGCAGUUCCCACAUACCAGAAACCACUGUUUGCACAGGGAACUGUCCUAAUGUUGCCAUAAGGGUGCCACCUACUGCCAACGCAACCCAACACACACUAGCCAAUGGCUGAGACAGAAAAGCCAAAAGAUAAGAGCACAACCUUUGUUUGUUUGUUUGUUUGUUUACAAAAGAUCACAAAGAAUGCAAUUAUAUAUCUAUGUAUAUACAAAACACAAAUUAAUGCUCAGUUUAAAUGACUGCUUACAGUGACUCAGCAGGUUAGAGGGGUGUGCACAUACCUGAGUUUUUAUAUAGAAGUGUGAGGAUUGCCAAAUAUAAUUAAAAGAUAGCAAUAUAAGUAAUCUUAAAUACUGUAAAUCGCUUGAAUUAUCAGUGCACGGCUGCGUUCAUUCAUAAAAUUCAUCUUUCAAGCUUCCAUUGAAACAAUCUCUGCAUAUGUAGCUGUACAGACUCUUUAAGUGUUUCCAUCAAACAACCACCAUUCAACCCUUUUCCUCUGUGUCUUCACAUUUUAGAAAAAGUCAUUAAUCUGUUGUUUGAUUGCAUUCAGUAGAACACAUUGUCUUUUGUGUAUUUCAUAGGGAACAUAGCAAGUUAUCCAUGUACAAUUCAUCACUAAAGCUGCACACACCAAUUAAAAAUAAGCUAGGGGGUUUAUGGGCUUUGGAUCUUUGGGUUUGGGGAUCCAGAUGGAUAUUAGGGGCAUUACUGAAGAAGAAGUUGCUACUUGCAUGUUUGUCUGCUGCUUUUACUGUAGAAUUAUCCCCUGCUUUUCCCAUAUGCAUGCUGAUGUAAAAGGGUGCAUGACUAGGCUGCAGUGCGUUCUCCACACUGAGACACUGUCUGACUUUCUAAAAUCCUAAGUAGAUUUUAAAAUGACUUACACAUAGGCAGCAGCCGCCAGGUUUUUAACUGCUAAAGUUGAAAAGAAACAACAAAUACCACCAGCUAACGGAGAAGCACAUAACAAGCCUGCAGUUUUCAUUAAAAUUAGGUUUUAACAGCUACUAAUGAGACACACAGGGAUGGGGACUUCAGAGGCAGCCGGAGAAAGCCGCUUAAGAAGGAACAUUUUAAUAAGAAAUAGGAAACAAUCUUUUGCUGCAAUAAAAAACUAAUGGAUUAUAUUUAAAUUGUGAGUUAGUCCCUGGUGGACUACACUGAUCUGCUUUUUUUGAGAUCUUGAAUCAGAGCAGAGAGAGAUUUGCCUGACGAAAGCAAUAUGACACACACUGACGUCAAGCCGCCGCCUCUUUUCAAAAACACACAAAGGUGGUGUUCUGGUACGCUCAGUGAUUUAAUUCAGUCUGCCUGGUAAGGCUGAGUACAAAGGUUAUUGCACUGCUAAGCUUUUUACAAUGACCCCCCCCGCUGUGCCAAAUACGCAGGGAGGGGGUGUUUUGAUCUGCUGACUAACUCUGAGCAAGUGUGAAUCAGGAACUCUAAGCAGGAUGAUUUUAAAGAAUUUAAAGGUGGUUUCCAUCUCUUCAUCUCUAUAUUUGUAGGGAUUGAUAUACUGUUUGUUUGGGAUAAACAAGCAAAGAUACCUUUUGUAACGUAAAAUUCUGAUGACUAUAUUAGCUGCCCAAAGAUACCAAGAAAUGGAUCAUAUGUUCUACACAAGGGAAAAUUAAUUUAUUAAUAAAUUUACUGGAGUAUU